AUGGAAAACCUAGCCGGUCAUGAAGAACAACCUGCUAGAAAACCCCCAUCACCUGGAAUGCUAUAUGAACAUGAAAGAAAACAUACAUCUGCAGAAGCCUUAACAACAUCAUUUAAAGAAUCUCCAAGAAGAAACAAAAUUCAAAGAAAGUAUCCCAUUUGUAUCUUCUGUGAACAAAAUCACUGGAGUGACGAAUGCCAAGAAUUCAGGACAGUUGAAGACAGAAAACAGAAGAUUAAGGGAAGAUGUUACAUUUGUCUUAGGCCAGGUCAUCUUAGCAAAGACUGCAAAGUCGACAAACCAUGUUUCCAUUGCCAUCAGACAAAGAAACAUCACCGAAGUCUCUGCAACAAGAAAAUGCUGCCUUUGAGAGAAACCUCACACUUUGUUGAAACAUCCGAACUAUGUGACUCAGAAACAGUUAACAAUGUUCGAGAAAACAGCCUACUGUCAUCAGGAAGUAUGGUCCUAAUGCAAACUGCAAAAAUUGAUGCAUCAGAUCUGAUUGGAUCGAGAUUUGAAACAAUCAGAAUUCUCAUGGACUCUGGAUCUCAAAGAACGUAUGUUACCGAGGAAUUAGCUUCAAAAUUGAAUUUGAAAAGAAAAAGAACAGAGGAAAUAUCACUUGUCACCUUUGGAUCCACGAAACCAAAAAUAGUAAAAACUCCAAAUGUAUCUUUAAGAAUUAAACUGAAGGAUGGACACUAUAUAAGAAUUGAAGCAAAUGUUGUGCCUCAAAUAACCGGACCAAUACACAGAAGACCGUUAUCACCUAACAUCAUUGAAAAGGUACAGUGCCAAUGGAAACAUCUACAGUUUGCAGAUACCUUACCAAAAACUACAGAGAAUUCAACCAUAGACAUCCUUAUUGGGAAUGACUAUUAUCUUGAUUUGGUAUCAUCAGAAAAAAUUGAAGUUGACCAUGGACUUUACUUGCUCUCAUCAAAGGUAGGAUGGAUUCUCACUGGAAGAAUGAAUGAUGACAAGGCUUUAAAAAACUUUAACGACACAAUAAAACUAGUCAAUGGUAGAUAUCAAGUCACUUGGCCCUGGAAGGAUGAGCAACCUGAACUCCCAGAGAACAGAGAACUUGCUUUUGGAAGGUUGAAAUCUCUACUUCAAAAAUUAAAAAAGAACCCUGAGCUGCUUCACCAAUAUGAUGGAAUAAUUCAGGACCAGUGCAAGCAAGGCAUAAUUGAAAAGGUGACAAAGAGCAGUGAAGUGAAGAAUAGUAUCAAACACUACAUACCCCAUCAUGCUGUCAUUGAUCCAACAAAGCCUACCACAAAAGUACGGAUCGUCUAUGAUGCAUCGGCAAAGGUCAAACCAGAGUGUAACAGCCUUAACGAGUGUCUUUACAGAGGACCAGUAAUGCUAAAUGAUUUGUGUGGACUGUUGAUGAGAUUUAGAAUGAAAAGGAUUGCAAUUAUUGCUGACAUAGAAAAGGCAUUUCUACAGAUUGAAUUACAAGGAAAGGACAGAGAUGUGACAAGAUUUUUUUGGUUAAAGGAUAUUGAAACUCCAUCCACAGAGAACAAUAUUCAAGUAUAUAGAUUUACGAGAGUUCCAUUUGGAGUUAUAUCAAGCCCUUUUCUAUUAGCUGCAACUUUAGAUUACCAUCUUGGAAACUACAACACUGCAACAGCUGAAAACAUAAGAAGCAAUAUUUACGUGGAUAAUGUUAUCACUGGUGUAGAGUCCGUCUCAGAGGCUAGGAAACUAUAUACAGACGCCAAAGAGAUCUUCAGUACCAUGUCAAUGAAUUUACGAGACUGGGCAUCUAACUCCACAGAAUUUAGCCAGUGUAUUCCUCAAGCUGAUCAAGCAAACAGAGAAACCAUAAAAAUUCUUGGUUUGUCUUGGAAACUUUCUGAGGACUCCCUAUUCAUAAACAGUCCAAAAGAUGAAACUCAUAUUCCACCUAUCACCAAGAGGAAAGUCCUUCAAAGAAUUGCUUCUGUUUUUGAUCCACUUGGAUUCUUCACCCCAGUUACUUUGAGAACAAAGUUGUUUCUACCAACAUUAUGGAACCAAAAGAAAGAGUGGGAUGAAGAACUGACCAAAGAAGACAUUCAGCGCUGGGAAAAUAUAUCCGCAGACCUGGAUGAUAUUCCCAAUUGCCCUAUUCCUCGUUUUAUAGGACUCACUGGUACAGUGACAUACAAAUUAAUGUGCUUUUGUGAUGCAUCAACUAAAGCGUACGCCUGUGCGAUCUAUUUACACCAGAGCAAAAAAGAAAGAAGUACUGUCAACCUGUUGUUUUCAAAAACUCGGUUAGGGCCAUUCAAGAAAAUAACACUGCCUAGAUUGGAACUAUUGGCUGUUGUCAUUGGAGUCCGCUGCAUUAACUUUGUUGAACAACAACUGAAGUUACCUGUCACAGAAAAGAUCCUUUGGACCGAUUCCCAAUGUGUAUUACAUUGGAUAAGAAUGAAGAAACCUCUUAAAACUUUUGUGGAAAACAGAGUAAAAGAAAUCAGAAACAACAAAGAUAUCACUUUUCAAUAUGUGUCUACAAAGGAUAAUCCAGCUGAUAUUGCAAGCAGAGGAACAGCAGUUAAAACUCUUCAAGAAUUUGAACAAUGGUGGAAUGGUCCAGAAUGGUUAAUUAAAAGGAAAGACAAUUGGCCUUCAUGGAACAGUCAACAAACCUGUAAAGAAAUGCAGAGUGUCAUAGAAUCAGAAUGCAAGACUCCAAAGAUAGUUUAUGAAGCAAAACUGGUGGCUGGGGAGAGUCCUAACGGAAGAAAUAACAACUCAGAUUCUGAAUCAACUGGAUAUCCAAACAUCAUUGACUACCAAAAUUUUUCAUCAUUUAUAAACCUUACUCGAGUUUUAGCAUGGACUCUUAGGUUUAUCAAAAGAGUGAAGAAAAUUCCAAUGCCAUGGAACCAUCUAACUUACUCAGAACUACAGAAUGCUAAAAUUCUUAUAAUCAAGAAUAUCCAGACUCAAAACUAUGGUGAUGUCAAAACCUCACUCAAGGAAAAUAAGAGAAAUAAUUUAAUUAGUCAAUUAGGACUUGUAUUGGAUCAGGAAGGGAUUAUCAGAUGCAUUGGAAGACUCAAGCAUGCUCAGCUGACAGAAGGUGCAAGAUCUCCUAUCCUCCUUCCAAGAAAGAACCAUGUGACGGGACUGAUUAUUGAUUACAUCCACAAAAAAUCAUUUCAUGUUGGAGUCUCCCAAACACUGUCACUGGUUCGUCAAGACUACUGGAUUCCGCAGGGAAGAGCAGAAGUAAAAAGAAUACUUCAUAAAUGCACAAUCUGUAAGCGGUUUGAGGGUGGUCCAUACAAGAUGCCACUGAUGCCUCCACUACCAAAGAAACGUGUGAGUGAAUCAGCACCAUUUACGUACACGGGAGUGGAUUACUUUGGACCAAUCUUCAUCAAAACAGAAACUGGCAAUAAAAAGGUAUGGGUCUGUCUAUUUACCUGCUUGGUAGUAAGGGCCAUACAUCUUGAACUCAUGCAGGACAUGUCCACAGAACAGUUUCUCCUAGGACUAAGGAGAUUUAUUGCGCGUUGGGGCAAGCCAAAACAAAUUAUCUCUGAUAAUGGUGCUCAAUUUAAACUUGCAAGCCUGGUUUUGGAUAAAAGUUGGGAAAAGGUUACGUCUGAUAAUGAUGUCCAAAGUUAUAUUGCAAAUGAAGAGAUUCAGUGGCAAUUUAUUGUGGAACUGGCACCAUGGAUGGGAGGAUUUUAUGAACGUCUGGUUGGUGUUGUCAAACGAAGCUUAAGAAAAACUAUAGGAAAACUUUGUUUAACAAAUGAGCAAAUGAGAACGAUGCUUGCAGAAGCUGAAGCAGUCGUGAAUUCGAGACCCUUAGUCUAUAUUGGAGACGAUAUUAAUUCAAACAUCACCCUUACUCCAGCGCAUUUCCUCACUUUGAAUCCAAAAAUAGGACUUCAAGAUAGUGAAAAUUUUGAUCCCAUGGACCCAGAUUAUGUACCUGUUGCAAGCUCUGUAAACACUUUACUGGCAAUUUGGAAAAAAGGUCAACGACUUUUAGAUACAUUCUGGAGGACAUGGAGAGAUGAGUAUCUUUUAAGUCUAAGAGAAAGAACAUCCUAUAAAUUAAAAGGAAAACGGAUUCAAGACAACAGGCCGGUACAAAUUGGUGAUGUUGUCCUCAUCAAAGAAGAUCUCCCUAGAGGAAGCUGGAAGAUUGGAAGAAUUUGCGAUUUGACAAUGAGUAAAGAUGGACAAUACAGGUCCGGAAAGGUAAUGUUACCUAACAAAAGAACAUUAAACCGACCGUUAAAUUUACUUUAUCCCAUAGAAUGCACCGAUAAAUCUGACCUUGGUGAUAGUGAUAUGACGAAGGAAGAGCCAGCAGUCGAUGGUAUUCCUCCAUUACCUAGAGCAAAAAGGCAGGCCGCUGAAAGAGCGACAAAACUGAUAAAGGAACAAUUAAAUUAA